CUCCUGCGCUGCCCACCUUACCCCCAACUCCGCAGUGCCUCUAGUUCUCUGCUGGAGUGGGGAAGAUGCAAGGAUUGUAACAUAACCUCUGGAUUUAACAUAUGGAGACCCGAAGGAAUUACUUCGUUUUAAUACCCAGGGCCAGUCUGGGACCAGAGGCCUGAGAGCCUCUCCCCUCCACCCGACGACCUAGCAGCCUCUACGCAGCUCCGAGGGAAGGUAGAGAAGCGCGAACUACAAUUCCCAGCGUUCCGUGCGGUCGUGGUCUCGUGAUCGCGCGCGUGCUGGGCCAGGCCUGGCCCGGGAGGGGAGGGAGAGGCCGCUGGAGGGCGCCUGAGAGCGCGUGAGCGUGAGCGCUGGGUGGAUUGAAUGGGGAUCUCCCCGGCGGCCAAGUUCAAGUUGGAGCUCCCGACCCGGCUGCGGGGAGCUGAGCUGCGGCGGCCACGGCCACGGGAUACGAGCUUCGUCCACCGCCAGCGCGGUACAAUGGCCCUCCCCAAGAAGAAGCUUCAAGGGCUCGUUGCUGCAACUGUCACACCUAUGACUGAGACUGGGGAAAUCAACUUCUGCAUAAUUGACCAGUAUGUGGACUAUCUUGUAAAUGAGCAAGGCAUGAAAAACAUUUUUGUGAAUGGUUCAACGGGAGAAGGCCUGUCACUGAGUGUCCCAGAGAGGCGACAACUUGCAGAAGAGUGGGUGACAAAAGGGAAGAAUAAGAUGGACCAUGUGAUCAUUCAUGUGGGAGCAUUAAGCCUGAAAGACUCACAAGAGCUGGCUCAGCAUGCAGCAGAAAUAGGAGCUGAUGGUAUUGCUGUCAUAGCCCCUUUCUUUUUCAAACCUGUGAACAAAGAUGCCCUGAUCGCGUUUUUAAAAGAAGUGGCUGCUGCUGCCCCGGAGGUGCCGUUUUAUUACUAUCAUAUUCCUGCUUUGACUGGGGUAAAAAUUCGUGCUGAAGAGCUGCUGGACGGGAUUCAGGAUGAAAUCCCCACCUUUCAAGGACUGAAGUUCAGCGAUGUCGAUCUCUUAGACUUUGGACAAUGUGUGGAUCAGAACAGCCAACGGCAAUUCGAUCUCCUUUUUGGGGUGGAUGAGCAACUGCUGAGUGCCCUGGCCAUGGGAGCGACUGGAGCAGUUGGCAGCACCUACAACUACCUGGGCAAAAAAACAAACCAGAUGUUGGAAGCUUUUGAGCGCCAGGACCUUUCCUUAGCUUUGAAUUACCAGUUGUACAUCCAGAGAUUUAUGAACUAUGUAAUCAAACUGGGUCUGGGAGUUGCACAGACAAAAGCUAUUAUAACUCUUGUCUCUGGAAUCCAGAUGGGGCCUCCUCGGCUGCCCCUGCAGAAAGCCUCCAAGGAAUUUACUCUUCAUGCUGAGGCCAAGCUGAAGAGCCUUGAAAGCCAAUGCUUUCACUAACCAGAUUGAACACUGAGAGGCCUGGGAGCGGUCACACCAGGGUGGCUUUGAUGAGAUGUACCACUGUGCUAUUACAUUUCUCAGGGAUUUUUAUAAUCAGCCUGAACUACAUAAUAUUUUUAAAAAGCAGAGUCCUAUACCAAUUAAUCAAUCAAGUAUUUAAAACCUGCUACGAGUCUCAAAGUAACAUUUUAUUAAACGGAGAGGAAAGAGGACUUUUCUAUCUAUUCUAAUGGGAUGAAGUGUAGUGAGAAAAUUGCAUCAUCCUUGCUUCCCUUCACCUGCCUGAGGAGUUCUCUCAGUAUCUUGCCAGGCUCUCUGCUGCAUCCUUUUUCCUCUCCAUCAGGGUUUCUCAGCUCCUGGGGUUUCACGUUGUGAUACUGGAUAUUUUUUAUAUUUGCUGGAAUUCAAGGGCAGGUCACAACUUUUUAAAAACGGCAUAAAUGGGAGACAGCAUAGCAUAGUAUGGAGGGUGCUAGAAUCAACAGAGUCCUGAGUUCAAGUCAAUCAGAGUCAGCAAAUAUUCAUUCAACCUGCCUUGCCAGGGCUAAAACCUUACCUGCCUGACGGGAGCUCCUCGCCCCUGACUCUCCUGGGAUUGCCUCCUGUGGCCUUAGGGAAGGCCACUUACACUGGAAUUUCCCUUUCGUCAUCUGUAAAUGGAGAUAACAAUACUUGUUCUACUUACCACGUAGGUUAUUCUAUAGACUUUUCAAAAUGCUAUAUAUUGUGAGAGCUUUUUACACAGAAUCCUACCAAUUAGACAUCUUUCGCUAUUGUUAGCAGAUAUUGAGAAGGCUCAAGGGAGGCAUUACUUUCUCAAUCUAUACAUGUCUUGUUUUCUAGAUCCUCUCCUUAGUUCCUUAUCUCUUCUGACAAACUAUGCUAUAUGUUUUCUAGUAAUAUUGAGAAUCAUCAUUAUAGACCUGAAAGAGAUCUUAGAGGCCAUUUAGUUGAGCACUCACAUUUUACAGAUGAGGUAACUGAAAUUAAGUGACUU